GAAGUGCCGAAACCGUUAUUUGCGUUCCUUCUGGGCGCCCGGGGAGCAUGCGCAGUGAUUCAACAUCACGCAGUGGUGAAAUCGUACCAGACCGUUAAAACAUCGUAACACAAGGCAUGGCUGAACAAAGAAGCAAGGAAUACACGCCUCCUGUGUUCAGCUUCACGGACGAAACAACCCCGAGUACAAGACGUGACGAUACCCAGGACGUUUCAUCUACUCGGCGUGCCUACACAACGUGAGCUUCACCACUUGUAAAACUUUCAUUGACUGCUGUCACUCGCAGUCGCGACGCAGAAUGAAGGCACUAACCGACUGCGCAUGCGCGAACAUUCAACAACAUCCUGUCUCAGAAAGACGCUAGUACACCGGAGCGUCCGCAUCAGCCAUGACUGAAGAACGAAACGGUGGACACGCGCCUCCCGCGUUUACCUUCAUAGACGAAGCAACCCCGGGUACAAGCCGUGAAGGCGGUGAGGGUGCUUCAGGCACUUUGGACGAUUACACUAAAUGCCUUCUGCUCUACCUGGAUGCACAGAGUCAAAUGCCAAUACGCAUGCCUGAUCCUACGAUUUGUGACGGAUAUAUCAAUGACGCGUGGAAGUCGUUGAACAGCCGGAAUGAUGCCAGUGACGUCAAUGAUGCCACUGACAGCGGAAGCACCAACUACACGCCUGUCGUGUCCACCGCCAGUGUCGAUGACGCAAGGCCCAGUACGAGCCACGCUGGCAUGGACAACCUAUCGUGCACUGCGAAAGACACCGCCAGGAAUGCUACUGGAACCAGAGAAAGGGAACAGCAAGAGUCCUGCGCUGCCUCUGGCAAGGAUUCCAGCAGACCGGAUGCAUUACCCGGCCAUGCCAACGGACCCACGGGCGAUAAAGUCCCAAUUUGCACAAAUUGCAAUCAAUGGUCUGAGAAGAAGUCGAAGGGGAAAUGCGAAACAUGUGGCAAACUGAUAAGACAGGCUCGCAAUCUAGCUGCAAAUAACCGCACACAUACAGGCGAGAGACGCUACAACUGCAAAUCAUGCGAUAAAUCGUUCGCGCAUAGGCAGACUCUCUAUAAUCAUAAACAGAUUCACACAGGAGUGAAACCCCACAUCUGCGAAAAAUGCACUAAACCAUUCAAAAGCAAAAGGGAACUUACCGUUCAUCUCAGGUCGCACAGUAGCGACAAGCCUUUCGUUUGUGAAAUCUGUAAUCGCUCCUUUACGCGCAACGGAAGUCUCAAAGGUCACCGUCAAAGAAUUCACGAGGGUAAAAUGCCGUAUCAGUGCAAGCAGUGCGGAUUUCGCUUCGCAAAGAAACAAGGCCUCGACGCACAUUUGUGCCAGAAUAUUGCGUGCUGAUUACGUGGAGAUGCAUUUGAACUGACUGCACACCUCGAGACACAUAUGGGUGGUCAGUCGUAAGGGUGGUUCUAGUGCGCAGGUGAGGAAUAUCGGAGGAAAAUCGGCAGCGGCUUUUGCAUCGCAAAGUAGGACUGAAGCCACGCGAGAAAACAAAGCUGACAUUCUCCCAUAGGAGUGAGAACCUAAACGCGUAGUGGGAAGAUCCCAUAUUCUUUCAAUGUUUAAAAUGGCUGAGUAAUAUGCACGAUGUAAACGAUGCCAUCUGGUAUUUUAGAAAUUACGAGACAAGACUUCGUCGCCAGAAGUAUUUGGGGUGCUUCAAUAUCCAAAGAAUGGUGCGGGUACUGGCCAGCUCUCGUUGUUGGCAUAACUGCACGCGUUUCUUGAGAACGUAGCUGUAGCAAGCUCAUUUUAGGACAAACCCUAAUGGGCUGCAAGUUCGCGUUUAGUGUAACUAGAGGGUAGAAAUGUCCGCUCAAAAUUCUUGACUCAUGUUGUGAGAAAUUAUUUUCGCGAGCGUUCCGACAGUGGUUUAUUAAAUAAGCACUAAUGGACCCCCUACUUCACGAUUUUGGAGUGUGGAUAGAAGGGAACAACUCUCAUUAGGAAGCAUUUAAAAAAAGGCACCGUUUUCAUGUCAACUAAAAAGUGUCAGCCUAUAAUUAAGGUCCUUAGGCCCUUUCGGCUUCCAGACAGCUUCACGACAGUGUGUAGGCAAAUUGUAAGCAUGGGAAAAUGUAUUUCCGUUACCUUUUGUUCAAUGCAUUGACUGUUUUAGUUCCGUCUUUCUCUCUCGUAUUCAUACCGAAUAUCUUUGUUCUAUACCAUAAGCUAAGCCUAUGAUAGGGGUGAGACUCUUAGGUUUAAAUCAUUUGGAGCUUCACCAUAAGUUUUCCCACUACACAAAUUUUUGUUAUUGUUUAAUAUGGUGGAACCUGUCAGUUUUAAAGCGCAAUUCUAUGACCACUCUCAAGUCAUCUCCUUUUACUUGCACUCCACUCUAAUUACAGCUGUGAAAUAUUUUAGCCUGGUGUGACAAACGCAUCCCUGCGAGCAAUGAGAGGACGAUUGAGAUAAAGUUUUUAGUUAUAUUAGUGACCCGUGAACUUCUACAUCUUUUUCCAUUGAACGCUUUUCACGGGAUGGCAAAUCUUAAGUUAAAGCUCAAGGCAUGAGGCACCAGCAUGUAUCAGAACAUUCUGCAACAUUAUCGUCAAUUCUAUCUUUUUCCUAUCGUAUAGUCCACCAUUUCGUAAUCAGAUUGCAGGUGAAACGUGAAUACAGUUUUGCAUCAUGGAAGGCGUGCGAGCACCAACGAUUAGGCUUGAAUCUUCUAGGAAUAUUGUGAGAAUAGCCGACCCCCCUUAAUGGAAAUCAUCCCUUCGACGAUCGACUCAUUUGUCCGACACUAUCUUUCUGCCCGAAUGUAACUUUUGUUGGUUCCGGUUAGCCCAAUAAACUCUUCCCUGACUGGUG